UUUUUUUUUUUGGAAGAACUAAAACGUUCAUUGAAUUAGGAAAAAAAGUUGUGAAUCACAGGGGGAAUUCCCUCCCCUUAAUACAGACCAGUUGAAAUAUUAGAGACUUUAACUUUUUUUGCUAAUCCAUCUGCAACUGAAUUACAAGAGCAAUUAAUAAGGAGAAGUUACAAACACUAGAACUAGCACUCAAGUCUAAAACUUCCAACAAAACAGUUAAACAUGACCAAUCAGGGGUCUGCUAUCCUUCGCCAAAGCAGUCAUCAGGAUUUGGGAGUCAGAGAGAAUAUGGAUAUCGUUCCACUUACUUUGCUUUGCCCACUGAAGAGCAAGCAGAACCGCACGACAUUUUGCUUCCAAAAUAGAGGAAGCUUUUCAACUGUUGAACUUUAAACGCCCAGAAGUUGUCUGAUCGAUUCACAACAACUACAGUGAUACCCACAUUACCCUGAAACCAAGAGGCAUCAGCAAAUAACACAAAAUUUGCCUAUCUCCACCUUUGACAAGGCACCAUACUGGACUCUGUAGUUGACUGAGUCUCCACACCAGAGAACGAAGAAAACUCAAUAAAUUUGGCAUUCACCCUCGAAAUGCCAAGCUAGAGGUUCCCAUUCACUCCACCACGACUGAGGCAAUUACGUUGCAACCAAACCUCAAAGAAAAUGCAUCCCAUGAAGAUAAAAAUAUUUUUUUCUAUUAUUUAGGGAGGAACCUGCCAAGAGAACUUCUGCAAAUGGAAUUAUUGAACUGCCUGGGACAUUAUCAAUUAAGAGAUUUGGGCACCCCAAGAACCAUAAUGCCCUCGCAAAGCUGCAAUCCUUGAAGAGAUGAAGACAAAGUUUCCUCCUCCGAUCCACAUAGGAGACAUUCUUUGUCAUAUAGGAAAGGAAGCUUAUUUUUUUUUGUAGGUAGUGCUUCAUUUAAACCUCUCCAAAUAAGGAUAGCAAUCCUCGGAUGUAAAUCUGAAUGCCACAACCACUUUCAUAUGUCUCUUUUAGGAGAGAAACGUUGUUCUUGAUUUACACAAUAAGCACUUUCAACCGAGAACUUAUCAUUCUUGUUAACCUUCCAAAUAAGUUGAUUCGGAUGAGGACUUGGGAUUCUAGGAAUUUCCAGGAUUUGCUUCCCCAAGUCCUCAACCAAAGAUUUGCAGGACAAGCUCCAUGUUCCACGAGCUACCAAUAGAGAUGUCAGCAAUCGAACGAGCUGUGUAUCUAUUAGCUUUAAGGCCAUCCAUAAGUAGCUUAAAGUCAUUCAGAUUUAUCCAAAGGAUCCAAGGUUGAUUCCAUAAAUCAAUAGAAUCUCCCCCCGCACCGUAGCCAAAGAAACCGAACCCUUGGCAAUUACAUCUCUGACUUCCAAAAGAAAGAAUGGUUGCUCUUUGCUUUAACUGACCAGAAAUUCUCGAAUCGACAGUAUUUAUUAAGAACAUAGUUGACCCACGGUUUAUCAACUUCCUUUGCAAUGUACCACGCCAAUUUUGAGAGAAGGGUUUUAUUCAUGUCCUUGAAGCGUCUAAUGCCAAGGCCCCUGAAAGUUUUGGUGGGCAAAUUUGAUCCCAAGCUUAAGGGCUAGGAAUCUAUCCAAGUUAAAAAAAAGCUAUAAAAUAAUAACUCUGCUUCAAAUUUUAAUCUUAACGAAGCAAAAACAAAAUGAUGAAAUAAGAAUUGCACAUUCAAAUUCUCACGACAUCUUUCUCCAAAAAAGUCCAACACGAUGCUUUUCAACAAUUUAUAUAUGAAUUAUAAUAUUAUAUAUGUGUAUUUAAUUUAUAUACAUAAUAAUAAUAAUUAAAAAAAAACGUAUCCCAUUUCUCCAUCACUUGGAAGAAUACAUUAAUCUCAAUUAUAUUACAACUAGUCAAACUUGACUGCUGCUAUAAUUUUUGUUUGUAUUAUCUAUGAUUGCUGUAUUGACUAGUCUCUCUUCUUUUUAUGUGUUAUCUGCAACGAUACACUCUCUAUCAACUCUGUUUAUCUUCUUCUGUUCUGAUAUUGAGAGUUGGUGGAAGAAGAAGAUCAAGAAGUUAUGGCUGUGGGAUUAAUGGUAGAAAGCCAAGGAGAUGGCAAAUACAGCGGCAAAAUGACUCCAUUUGUAAUCUUCUCUUGUAUGAUGGCCGCCAUGGGAGGUGUUAUUUUUGGCUACGACAUUGGAAUUUCAGGUGGGGUUACUUCAAUGGAACCAUUCUUAAAGAAAUUUUUCCCAGAAGUGUAUAUUAAGAUGAAACAAGACUCGGAAAUAAGCAACUACUGCAAAUUCGACAGUCAACUCUUGACCUCUUUCACAUCGUCACUCUACUUAGCUGGUCUUGUAGCUUCCUUCUUUGCCUCCUCAGUCACCAAAACCUUUGGCCGCAAGCCUUCAAUCCUAAUUGGUGGCGCCGCCUUUCUCACCGGCUCGGCCUUAGGCGGUGCCGCCAUUAACAUCUACAUGCUAAUUCUAGGCCGCAUGUUGCUUGGAGUUGGUGUUGGUUUCGCUAACCAAUCAGUACCUCUGUAUCUAUCCGAAAUGGCACCACCAAAAUUCAGAGGAGCAAUCAAUAAUGGCUUCCAAUUCAGUAUCGGAAUUGGCGGUUUAUCGGCAAGUCUAAUCAAUUUUGGGACGGAAAAGAUCAAAGGCGGUUGGGGAUGGCGGAUCUCCCUAGCCAUGGCGGCGUUUCCAGCCACAAUCCUUACCCUCGGCGCCAUUUUCCUCCCAGAAACACCCAACAGCCUAAUCCAGCGGAACAACGAUCCACACAAAGCAGAGCUCAUGCUGCGGCGCGUGAGAGGCACGGACGACGUGGAAGCCGAAAUGAACGAUCUCGUAAAAGCCAGCAACGUCGCUAGAAACACCAAACACCCAUUUCGAAAAAUCGUCGAGAGAAAGUACAGACCUCAACUGGUGAUGGCGAUAGCCUUACCUUUUUUCCAACAGGUGACCGGAAUCAACGUCAUUGCUUUCUACGCCCCACUUCUCUUCCGUACAAUCGGAUUUGGGGAAAGCGGUUCGCUGUUGUCUGCGGUUAUGACCGGUGCGGUGGGCGCCUUCUCGACUUUUAUCUCGAUGCUUAUAGUGGACAAGUUUGGGCGUAGAGCUCUGUUCAUGGCGGGAGGAAUUCAAAUGUUUGUUUCUCAGAUCAUGAUCGGAGGUGUUAUGGCGGCAAAGCUCGGUGACCACGGAGGAGUAGAGGGGGAAGGGUUUGCGUAUAUGGUGAUUGUGUUGAUAGGAGUGUACGUGGCUGGAUUUGGUUGGUCGUGGGGGCCUUUGGGUUGGUUGGUUCCGAGUGAGAUAUUUCCAUUGGAGAUAAGAUCAGCUGGGCAGAGUAUUACGGUAGUGGUGAACUUUCUGUUCACUUUCAUCGUGGCUCAGACAUUUCUGGCCAUGCUUUGCCAUUUUAGAGCUGGAAUCUUCUUCUUCUUUGGGGGUUGGGUGGUGGUGAUGACUGCUUUUGUUUACUUGUUUUUGCCUGAGACAAAGAAUGUACCAAUUGAGAAGAUGGAUGAGGUUUGGAAGAGCCACUGGUUUUGGAAGGGUUUUGUUGGCCCUGCUGAAGAUCGUAAGAUAUGAAACAAUCUUACUUUUUGUUUAAAAAAUCAUCCAGUGCUAAUUGAUUUGAACAAUGAAAUUAUACACAAAUUUUAUAAUGUAUAUGUGUGCUAAAAUUUGUAAUUAUAUAUUUACAUAUCAAUAUUAUCAUUACUCAUUUCAUAUA